UCGAUUCUUCCUCGAAAUUGCGUGGUGAUAAGUUUUAUCAGCUCCGGAACCAAAAUCGCCACUGAUAAGCAAUGAAAACAACCUGGAUGAGUAGCGCGGCGCGUGUGUUGGUCGGUUAGGCGGUUUAUUUGCCACUAGUGUUGCUUAAAAUGGUGAAUUACAACGAAUGAAAGUGUCUUGAAUAUUAAUUUAGAAAAAAAAAACGUCGAAUUGUCUCAAAUUGCUCUGCAGUGAAAAUUUCUGACACAAUCAAGAGUGAAAGAAAGUAACAAAAACACAUCAGUGCCAUUGAACCGCGGAAGAAAGGGGCCGCCCUGGCACGGCCUGAUAAAGAUUAGCCUCCCUCUGACGGCUGGCUCGGUGGGAGAUGAAUGUGGAACUGCGCGAUUUCGAAAUCAGUGACUCAGAAGCAGAGCUACUUCUCGAACGCGAACCUGCCUCGUCCGGACGGGGUGUCCCGCGAACCACGUACGGUGGUGCACGUUCCUUGCGAUACCGGCGGAAAGAACCGUUCAAGCUGGGGAACUUUCUGAAAAAUUUGUUCUGCUGCUGGUGCUGGGCCUGGCGGAAAUGGUGCGCUUCCAAGGAGCUCAAGCCGCGGACGAUCCUGAUCGGUCGUCCGACGGCCGAAAAGUUCCCCCCGAACGAGAUCCGCAACCAAAAGUACAACUUUUUCACCUUCCUGCCGCUGGUCCUUUUUGAGCAGUUUCGGUUCUUUCUGAAUCUGUACUUCCUGAUCAUGGCCGCCAGCCAGUUCAUCCCGGACAUCCGGAUCGGCUACCUGUACACGUACUGGGGUCCGCUGGGGUUCGUGCUGGCCGUGACGAUUUGUCGCGAGGCGGUGGACGAUCUGCGGCGGCACAAGCGCGAUCGCGAAGUCAACUCGCAAAAGUAUAAGCGGUUCGGGGGGGUUGAUAAACCGCCGGAGCUGGUUUCGUCGUCGAAGCUGAAGGUCGGGGACAUUGUGAUGGUGGAGAAGGAUGAGCGGGUGCCGGCGGAUUUGAUUCUGCUGCGGACCAGUGAUAAGAGUGGGGCGGUUUUCGUGCGGACGGACAUGUUGGACGGGGAGACGGACUGGAAGCUGAGGUUGGCGGUGCCGGCGACGCAGAAGUUGGCGAGUCAUAACGAUCUGUUUAGCAUUGGGGCGUCGCUGUAUGUGGAGAAACCGCAGCGGGACAUUCACACGUUCAUCGGGACGUAUUCGAAGUUGGAAGGUUCCGAGGACGAAGGUCUGACCGUGGAGAACACGCUGUGGGCCAACACGGUGGUCGCGUCCGGCACGGCCGUUGGAAUCGUCAUCUACACCGGGGCGGAAACAAGAAGUGUCAUGAACAACUCGCAGCCGCGCAGCAAGGUGGGACUGCUCGAUCUGGAGAUCAACGGGCUGACGAAGGUGCUGUUCUGUGCCGUUAUCGGGUUGUCCUUUGCGAUGAUGUGUCUGAAGGGAUUCAACGGGCCGUGGUAUCGGUACAUGUUCCGGUUUGUGUUGCUAUUUUCGUACAUCAUCCCGAUCAGCUUGCGCGUUAACCUGGACAUGGGCAAGGCGUUCUACUCGUGGCAGAUUCAAAACGACGAGGAAAUUCAAGGAACGGUGGUACGAUCGACGACCAUUCCAGAGGAACUGGGUCGAAUAUCGUACCUGUUGACCGACAAGACGGGCACGUUGACUCAAAACGAGAUGAUCUUCAAGAAGAUUCACGUCGGAACGGCGGCCUACGGACGGGACACAUUCCCGAUGGUUUCCAGCGCGAUUCAGUCGGUGUACAACAGCAUAAAUGUGCACGGGGAAGCGUCGCCGGCGAAGCCUUCCGGGUAUCAACCGCGGUUGAAGAAGCCCGAAGGGUGGCGCAUCUGGGAAUCGGUAAAAGCGCUUGCCUUGUGUCACAACGUGACGCCGUCUUACGACAACGGUAAUGGAAUCAAUGGUAACGGUGCUGAUCGGAGGAACUCCCCGACGCGAUCAAUUUCCGUUGAGGCACCCGUUGAGCCGUCGAAGCUUCCGGAAAAGACUUACCAGGCGUCAAGCCCGGAUGAGAUUGCGCUCGUCAAGUGGACCGAAUCGGUUGGGCUGACACUGAUCAACCGCGACUUGAACCACAUGACACUGCAGAUCCGGGAGAAAGAAACCCAACGGAACUCGAUGAACGAGAACGCCUCGAUCAACACGACGGUCACGAACCUGUCGGUGAACUCCAAGACGGACCUAAACUCGCCGUCAAGCUCGGGCAGCGUGACCUCGUUGAACUCGCUAAAUGGAGGCCUCAUGAAGUAUCAAAUCCUGCAGACGUUCCCCUUCACGAGUGAAAACAAACGCAUGGGCAUUAUCGUAAAAGAGUUGAACACAGGCGAGAUCACGUUCUACCUGAAAGGUGCCGACGUGGUCAUGUCCGGCAUCGUCCAGUACAACGACUGGCUGGCGGAGGAAAGUGGCAACAUGGCCCGCGAGGGCCUUCGCACGCUGGUCGUCGCCAAGAAGGUGCUCACCGAAGAUCAGUACAACGAUUUCGAGACGCGCUUCAACGCGGCCAAGGUCAGCGUGACCGAUCGCGGAACGAAGGUUUCCGCCGUCAUCGAGAGUCUGGAGCGCGAGUUGGAGCUGCUCUGCUUGACGGGCGUCGAGGACAGACUGCAAGACCGGGUGCGGCCAACGUUGGAGUUGCUGCGCAACGCCGGCAUCAAGAUCUGGAUGUUGACGGGCGACAAGCUGGAGACGGCGACUUGCAUCGCCAAGAGUUCCCACCUCGUGGGCCGGAAUCAGAACGUGCACGUGCUGAAGAGUGUGCUCACGCGAACCGACGCCCAUCUGGAGCUGAACCAGUUCCGGCGGAAGCAGGACUGCGCGCUGGUGGUUUCCGGCGAGAGUUUAGAGAUCUGUCUGCAGUAUUACCAGCCAGAGUUCAUGGAACUGGCCACGGCCUGCCCGGCGGUGGUCUGCUGCCGGUGCAGCCCCACACAAAAGGCGCAAGUCGUGUCCCUCAUCCAGAAGUACUCCGGAAAGCGAACCUGCGCCGUAGGCGACGGCGGUAACGACGUCAGCAUGAUCCAGCAGGCGGACGCCGGUAUCGGUAUCGAGGGUCGCGAAGGCAAACAAGCUUCCCUCGCGGGCGAUUUCAGCAUACCGCAGUUCUCGCACAUCGCCAAACUGCUGAUCGUGCACGGUCGGCGCUCGUACAAACGAUCCGCCGCACUCUCCCAGUUCGUCAUCCAUCGGGGUCUGAUCAUAUCAACGAUGCAGGCCGUCUUCUCGGCCGUGUUUUACCUUUCCUCCGUGGCCUUAUACCAGGGAUUCCUGAUGGUCGGCUAUGCGACGCUGUACACCAUGUUCCCGGUGUUUUCGCUCGUGCUGGACCAGGACAUCAGCUCCAACAUUGCGCUCACCUACCCCGAGCUGUACAAGGAACUGUCCAAGGGACGCAGCUUGAGCUACAAGACGUUCUUCAUGUGGGUGCUAAUCAGCAUCUACCAAGGUGGCGUCAUAAUGUACGGCGCGCUAAUCCUGUUCGAAGACGAGUUCAUCCACAUUGUGGCGAUCAGCUUCUCGGCACUAAUUCUGACCGAGCUCAUUAUGGUCGCGCUAACCAUCAGAACAUGGCACAAAUUGAUGGUGCUUGCCGAACUGUUUAGCUUAGUGCUCUACAUAAUCUCACUGGCGGUGUUGCAUGAAUACUUUGACUGGGAGUUCAUCUGGUCGUGGGAGUUCCUGUGGAAGGUCCUGGUGAUUACGCUCGUGUCCUGUUUGCCGCUGUACAUUUUGAAAUUCCUGCGCAAAAAGUUUUCCCCGCCGUCGUACUCGAAGCUUUCCUAAGGUAACGGCAUCGCAGCAGCAAGAGAGAUACACGUACACUAAACAACACAAAGAAAAUUCGAAAAAAGUAAUCUUAAACUUUCGUCGCAAGUUUUUCGACCCUCACAAAGAAACAACAACAAAAAAACACUACUAAUAAAACAAGGCUAAAACGUGGUUUACGAGACAUCUGAACUGAAAUGAGUGUUAUUGCUUUACCUUUAUCGUUACUCACAAUUUAAACUUAUAUUUGGCUGAAAGUUCUGUUUCUAUUUACUAUUUAAUUUACUGUUUAAUAUAUUAGUUAAAUUUUCCUAAAAAAGACAAAACACGAAAGGAUCUAUGAUUUAUAUUCGACGCACUUUUACAUCAUCACCAAAGUAUUAUUUAUCGUUUUGCUUUACACAGUCGCACAGUUUAAUUUUAUUUAGCACAACAAUAUAUUUCUGUACACGUUUAAAACACAACCCACUCCCUCUAUUUUUCUUCCAUUAAUGGUAAGCCUUAUUACAAAAAAAAAAAAAACAGAGAAAGAGACGAAAAGCAACAUUUGAACAGUUAACAGGUCUGCCGUUGUCUUGUGAUUUUAAGGAUCAAUGUUCGUGAUAUAUAAUUUUAGUUCUCGUUACGUCAGCUUAUGUUAAAUACUUUAUUUUUUUCUUCAAAAAUCGUGGCAAUUAAAAAACAAA